AUGGUGGGUCUGAGUGUAGUGUUAGAAGCACAGAAAGGCAGUGUUAGCAAGAAAAAUCCACAAGUGAUUAACAAAACUUCGAUGCUUAGCAGCAUCAGCAAACACCCUCCUUCUGCAGCAAAUGUUUCGCAGCUCUCUCCAUUUCAGGAACCAACGUUUCUACACCAAUGUUUUCUCUGCAGGAAUAGACUCUUACCCGGGAAAGACAUAUACAUGUACAAAGGGGACAGAGCGUUCUGCAGCGUGGAGUGCAGGUGCAAGCAGAUUUUCAUGGAUGAGGAAGAGAGUUUUGAGAAAGAGAAGUUUUUUUUUACUGGCAUGAGUCCCACAUCGUCUGGUUCUUCCUCAGCAUCUCGGGGUCACGAGAAAGGAGCAAGGAAUUGA